AAGGUACAGAGGACCUCAACAGCAUUAGAAAAAAUGUUUGUCAUUGCUUUCUUCAAACGAAAUACAGUUUUAAUCAGUGGUGGAAUAUUUUUUUUUUCUUUUUUCUUUUUUUAACUGAAAGUGAAGAGACUAUUUUGGCACUAUGUAUGGUAAUUAGAGUCAACUGAAAAUUACAAAUGCAGUUGGUGAUCCUAAACCAUCCUGCUGUAAGAUGGAGUGGUCUGCCUACUUGUCAUUGUUUGACUGUAUUUUUGCAAAAUCAUAGUGAACUGUAAUUACUCUAAAAUGGGCUGCACUCCUUCACGUGGGAACGGUCUCGACACAGCACAAGGUGCAUUCAGAAGAGGAAGAACUCUACUUCCAGGGACUCAUGAAAGACUUGGAGAAUCACAAUCUUAUGAUGGGAGCAGUGGAGAAUCCUGUGGACAGGACACAGCGAGAGACAACUCAACGGUUCGGAAUAACACAAGUUCCACGUUGUUAGGAAGGAAAUCCUCUACGGCUGAGCCUGAAGGGGCUGCUUCUGCCAAACUGGGUACACACGAUAUUAACAUUGAUAUAUUAUCUCAAGGGAAGGAACAACAAGAAGAAAAACAAGAGGUUUAUGAGAAAAAGGGACCAAAGAAGUUAAAGAAAGGCCAUAAAGGUGUCAAACUGAACAGGAAAAAAGAAAAAGAAAGAACAUUUCUUAAUGAAGAAAAAGUUGACUUUCCAGAGGCACUUGUGAAAGCUCAUCAAGCAGCAUAUGCAUAUCUUAACCCCAGCAUCAGUAAAUAUGAAAAUCUGUUGGGGUUACUUGAUCAGGCAGCCCAAACUCAAAUUUCCUUGCAACCCAUGGUGGCAUUCAUGGUCUUUCGGUAUGAGGAAAUAAACAAAGGGCUGGAAGAAAUAGCAGAAGAGGGGGAGAUGCUGUUAAAAGAAAACGGAGUCCAUCUGGCCUGGCCUUGUGAUAAAAAUAAUUCCUCUUCCUCCAACUUGGCAAAAAAUGUGACCUCUCCUGUAUGCAGUGAGCCACCACCAGACCUACUACAACAACUCCUUCAGUACACUGUACAGAGGAUGCGUCAGGUAGGUCAAUCAUUGUGUGGAAUUGGAGAUACGUCACUUGAGGAUUCGGUGGAUUACUUUUCCUCCAUUACUGAAAUUCUAGAUGAGAAACUCAGGAUAAAACGUGCAUCAGAGUCUAGAUUAUUGCGGCUGCUUUCCCGGAUUGAGGCAGCAUCACAGAAAAGACCUGGCCCAGAAGACUCGGCACUAUUUAGUGAAGACAGUGGACUUGGGGCAGAAAGCGAGUCCUUGGCAGGUUCAGAGAGACAAUGUCAACGGAGGGAAAGUUGUGAGUCAACUGGAACUAUUUGUGCUACAUCAAAUAGCCCUUAUGGUUCUGCACCAAUUCACAAAGGCUCAUACCGAGGAAGACUUCUCAAAACAAUAAGCAACAGCAGCUCUCUUAACUCUUUAGACUCAACUUGCACUAUUACAGAAAAAGAACAGAGGGAUAGGGAAUCAGUACUUGGCUCUGUCUCCUUGGAUGAAGGUGGCAGGAAUGAUGUGGAGGAUGGUAGUGAAGAUGAACAUAUCAAGGAGAACAGAAGCCAACAAAUAGAUUAUUGUAUUCCAAACCAGAGGCAACCACGUCGUUUGCCAGCAAAACGAAUAGAGAAUCCACAAAAUGUUGAAAUGACAUUAAAGCUAAAAGAUGCCAUUAGUGGCCGGAUUCGUUUUUUGCCAUCCCAAGGACCGGGAGAAAAAGCAAGACAGGCAGGUAACACAAACAGCAGUAGUCAGUGGACUGAGGAUGGUGAUAAAAGUUAUAAAAGACCUCAAACAGCUGCCUCUAAGACAUCUAAGAAAAAGACCACAGUUACCAAACGUUCAAGGUCAGCAGACUCUCUGCGUAAUAAAGUAGACGACCCUACACUCAUUGAACUGGAGAGAACUCAAAAGGAACUCAACCAAAGGCUGGAUAGAAUGACCAAGGUUAAGUGUGAAGGAAAUACAAAGCCAGGAUCAUCUAAAAAAAUCCAGCAACCGCAAACACAAAUCAUUUCAUCAGUUGCUGCAGACAGGCAGCAAUCUUUGAAUAGGAUCAUUUUUUCUCCAAGUAAUCAAAGAAAGGCAUCUAAUGCAAAAGUAGAACAAGAAAGUGUGAAGGAAGAAAUGGAGGGAAAAAAGAAAAAGGACAAAGGAAAGGGAAAGGAAAAGGACAAGGACAAGAAAACCCCUCCCGUUAAAGGGCCUGUUAAGGUAACACCUAUGCCAAGCCCUCCACCAUCACCCCGCCAAUCUUCAGGGUUGUAUAGGGAAAGGAAUUCUGUUAAAAAACUUAUUGACACCUUCAGUCAGGGGUUGGAGGAAAGUAAGCAGACCCCAGACAGUGCAACAGUUCUUGGACCUCUUAAAGGUGUUAGAAAAUGUGGUGUUCUCAUCAUUCCAGGUUUAGGUCCCUCUGCCACAUUAGCAUUCAAUGAAAAUAGCAUUCUCAGUAGUCAAGGAGAGUCACAGUGCUCUGAAAGGACAGAGGAUCUUGAUGUUGACAAUCUACCACCGCCUCCACUUGAGGUUCUCAUGGACAAUUCCUUUGAAAAUGCAGAGACAAAAGACAUGGAAGAAAAUGUACCAAGCAGGGGCCGAUCCACUCUGCCAAAAAGGACUCAGAUGUCUCAGAGGUUACGUGCCACUCUUCAGUCUGUUACAGUGCUACCCAGUAAGGGGAAUUUGUGUAAAGGCUCUGUUAGCAUGUCACCAGUUCGUUCAAAAAACAAGAAUACCAGAGGCGUUUUGAAGGGUGGUCACCAUGAUUCCAGCCAUGAAACAGACACAGAAAGUGAGGAGGCUGCUUCCCUCUACAAACAAGCAAGAAAGAUAAUCCACUUGAGGCAUUCUUCUGACUCGCCGACAGAGAAACUUAUGGCAGAGCAGGGCCAAAGACAGCUUUCCAGCUGCCAAGGUGACAUAGAAGUUUCACAAAAGGAGAACAGUACAAGUGAAUCAGUGCCAAUCACUGCCUGCAAGAACCAAACCCCUGCCACUCCAACUGCAUUCAGAACUCGAGUGUUGCCAUCCACACCUCUGUUACAUCGGAGACUGCCUAGUCCUCCAGUACUGAAAAGUCAACCUUCUUCUUCAACUUCUUCUAGCCCUCCAGUAGUUCGUAAACUCCCCACACCACCUUCUGCUGGCCAACGAACACUGCCAAGCACGCCCGCAACAUGGCAAGACCACACCCCAAUCACUGUGAAAGGGGUUACCUACCCGUUUAAGGCACCGUCGCCUCCUGCCUCCCCAAAAGUGCAGCGCUGGUCUAGAGAAAACAGUAGUGAAGACUCUUCAAGAGUGUUUAGCAAUGCUCGAUCAGUGUUUUGUCCAGUCUCAUCAUCGUUAUUUGAAGCUCAGCCCGUUCCUACACCCAAGCCCCCUCAAGCAUGGGCCUCCUCGGGUAGCAGUGUCUUGCCUCGUCCCUGGGGUGAGCGUGGUCGGCUGCCAGUGUCUGCACGAGGGCCCCAGCCAUUCAUCCGGCGCAGCCAGUCAGACAGGAGGCCCAGUUUAAGCCUGCCAUCCAGGGUGCCAGUAAUCUCUGUUGCAGAGACAUGUGGGAGUGAACCAGCAAUUAGCACGCAUGGGCUGGAAGUUGUUUCAGUCAGUGGAGACAAGCUAUGGAGUGAGCAAACAGAAAUCAGAGGUGCAGUUCGAUCUGUCUCGCAUCCAGACUUGUGCAUUGUGGGUCAAGGUUUACAGAAGGAAUGGGAUAAAUGAGGAAGGAGCAAGUGGGAUUAUGGAUUAGCAAAAUUUGAAUGGGAUUAAAAUGUUUGUGUCCUGCUGGGAAAUUAAAAUAGCUAUUUCUGAGAAGGCCUUCUCGUGAUUUUCAAACAUUGUUAUUUUCAUCCUUUUUAGCUUCAGUGUAUAUUUGAUCUGUUUGCCUCAAUUCAAUUGGUCUAAUUUAUUUUGAAAAUGUUUUGUAUUGUGAAUGCUAUUGGUUGGCCUUUUAUAUUUUAUUACUAAAUAAAAAUGAACAGAUAUUCACUGAAAUUGUAUAUAUUCACGUAUGUUUUCUGUAAAAAAUUAAAUAAAAUAAAAAAUAAAAAAGGUUUGCGUUAUCAAUUAGCUUAUCUUGUACAUUAUCACUCAGCAACCAAUCACAUUCUUAAUUUUCAAGCUUGUCUGACAAAUCACAUUCAAAAUACAGCAAAGCAUUCCACUCUUCUAUUGGAGGUAAGAUGGCAGUGUUGAGGUCUGUUCUUUCAUUUUCUUCUAACAAAGUCUGUAAUUGCUUUGACCUUUGACCAUCAUAAAUUCAACAUAACUGCCAAAAACAGGGCAAUAAAUGAAUUCGUUAUCAACAUACCAUGCAGCUGAAUACUGUUUGGCUGCAUCCAAAAUUGCAUACUUCCCUACUACAUAAUUGGUGAAAAAUAGUGUGAGAAAACAGUAGUAUGCCAAAAUUCACAGUUUAUUACAUUUAUUAACAUUUAUAAAACAGUAUGUGAAAUGUACCCAAACUACUUACUACUUCCAGUGAAAUUCUGAAGUGAAUUUCAGAUGGACAACUUUUCUAUCUCACAAGGUCAUAAGAGAGUUGAGAUUUAUGAAGUGACACAACUGCCGUACAGUAGGUCAUAUGACAAUGACGCAUGGUGAAUGUAGUACAUCUGGAUUACAUUCAUACGGAGCCCCACACGUGACAUGCAAGAAAAAAAUAAAUCAAUUGUGUGCACGAUUUACUAAUUCGUUCCCUCAAUGUACUAAAACGUGCACACGAUUACUAUUGCGUUCCCUUAAUUUACUAUUGUGUUCCCUCGAUUUGCUAAAUCGUGUAUAUCACGAUAAACACUUUUUACAACACUAAUUUUUGUAUCACCAUCCCAAAAACUUCCAGUGGCUUUCAACCAUGUUCCCUAAAAUCCCCCAACAGUGCAAACAUCUUAUUUGACUGACAAACACAUUUCACUUCAUAAAGUAAGUGUUUGAUUCAAAAGACAUGUAAAACCACUGAUCUAAUCUACCUAAAGGCAAAAUUAUGAAAAUAAUUUAUAUUUGAGAUGGUUUAUAUGUUUGAUAGCAGAGUGGAAUGAUCAUCUUUCAGGCACAUGCAGAGGGGUGUGCAGUGGGUGCUUGAGCACCAGCCCCUUUUUCCCUUGAUGCCCAAAGUGCCCUUUUGUCAAGGCAAUUUUUAUUUUUGGGUAAUUAAAUGCACUUUUGUGGAGGCCUGCCCAAUGUAUUUAUUAGUAAAAUUAACGAUUAUUAAUUUAGCCGUAAAGAAAAUGAAUGUUUGCAAAAAAGUAAUGUCUUAACCGUCCAUUGGUUGUGUACUGCAAACACAUACUAAGGUUGUGGUUUCGAGUCUCGGGCCAGGAAUACCACAACUGACGUGCCCUUGAGGAACUCAAUGAACGUGUUGGGUCAAAUGCUUUGGAUGGGUUAAAUGCAUAGCAUGAUUCUGAGUAUGGGUCACCAUACUUGGCUGUAUUUAUUUUCGAGCUGUGUCACCAGUUGCUGUGUAUUUUGCUGCAUCAUGUCGUUAGAUUCAUAUUCAAAUAAAAAAAAAAAUGUUUAUGUU